GGGGCGGGGCGGAGCCGGGUUCCGUGUGUCUAUGUCAAUGUGUCUGUCCUUCACUCCUCCAUUGUCUGCCGCCGCCACUGCCGCCGCCUCCACUGCCGCUGUAGGGACCGCCGCAGCCCCCAGCCCCGCGCGUCGUCGCUACCUCCUCGGACAGAAAUUUUAUGAAUAAGCAUCAGAAGCCAGUGCUAACAGGCCAGCGGUUCAAAACUCGGAAAAGGGAUGAAAAAGAGAAAUUCGAACCCACAGUUUUCAGGGAUACACUUGUCCAAGGGCUUAAUGAAGCUGGUGAUGACCUUGAGGCUGUAGCCAAAUUUCUGGAUUCCACUGGCUCAAGAUUAGACUACCGUCGCUAUGCAGACACACUCUUUGAUAUCCUGGUGGCUGGCAGUAUGCUUGCCCCUGGAGGAACACGCAUAGAUGAUGGUGACAAGACCAAGAUGACCAACCACUGUGUGUUUUCAGCAAAUGAAGAUCAUGAAACCAUCCGAAACUAUGCUCAGGUCUUCAAUAAACUCAUCAGGAGAUACAAGUAUUUGGAAAAGGCAUUUGAAGAUGAGAUGAAAAAGCUUCUCCUCUUCCUUAAAGCCUUUUCUGAAGCAGAGCAGACAAAGUUGGCAAUGCUGUCUGGGAUCCUGCUGGGCAAUGGCACCCUUCCUGCCACCAUCCUCACCAGCCUUUUCACCGACAGCUUAGUCAAAGAAGGCAUUGCAGCCUCCUUUGCUGUCAAGCUGUUCAAAGCCUGGAUGGCAGAAAAAGACGCCAACUCUGUUACCUCCUCUCUGAGAAAAGCCAACUUAGACAAGAGGCUGCUCGAACUCUUUCCAGUGAACAGACAGAGCGUGGAUCAUUUUGCUAAGUACUUCACUGAUGCAGGGCUGAAGGAGCUCUCAGAUUUUCUACGAGUUCAGCAGUCCCUGGGCACCAGGAAGGAGCUGCAGAAGGAACUCCAGGAGCGUCUGUCUCAGGAAUGCCCAAUCAAGGAGGUGGUGCUUUAUGUCAAAGAAGAAAUGAAAAGGAAUGACCUCCCUGAAACAGCAGUGAUUGGCCUUCUGUGGACCUGUAUCAUGAAUGCUGUCGAGUGGAACAAGAAGGAGGAACUUGUUGCAGAGCAAGCCCUCAAGCAUCUGAAGCAAUACGCUCCCUUGCUGGCUGUGUUCAGUUCCCAAGGCCAAUCGGAGCUGAUCCUCCUCCAGAAGGUUCAAGAAUACUGUUAUGACAACAUCCACUUCAUGAAAGCCUUUCAGAAGAUUGUGGUUCUCUUUUAUAAAGCUGACGUGCUGAGUGAAGAAGCAAUUCUGAAGUGGUAUAAAGAAGCACAUGUUGCCAAGGGCAAGAGUGUUUUUCUUGACCAGAUGAAGAAAUUUGUUGAGUGGUUACAAAACGCAGAAGAAGAAUCUGAGUCGGAAGGUGAGGAAAAUUAACCAGCUCAACAAGCACAAUGAUUACCCUAUACCACACCACACUUUUUGAUUGGGAAUGCUGAACCAUUUGGGAAGAAAAACUUGGCUUCUGUUUUCAGAAAGGAAAAACACAAUAGGAUAGGCCUCCCUGUGUGGAGAGGAAAUGGUUUUCAUUUUCUGUUUUAUUUUUAAAUGGAGCCCUGAGGCAUCAGCUAAUACACUUGGGACUCUACCUCUCACUAUAUGCUAACUUAAAGCCAUUCAACCAGGAGUCCAGUAGGAAUCUGAAAAUGAAUAUUCAGCAGACUCCUUUUUUUAGCGGUAUUUUUCAGGUACUGUGUGGUGGAUGCCCCACUGGUGUCUAUUCCAGGGCCACUUUGGUAGUUGUGUAUCUGCUCGUGUAUGUGAUUUGACAAACUCAGUUUUUUUAAAAUAAAUGGCUUUUUAAAAAUC